AUGGAUUAUACGAAACAGAGAAGUUCGACCGAUGACUCGUUAUUACCUUCCUCCACAGAGAGUGCAGAAACAACCGACACGUUACUCGAAAAGUCUACAUCUCCCUAUCGUGAAAAGACACUACCAUUUUGGCGGGAACAUGUUAAAAUUGUCAUAGUAACGGGCACGGCAUUUUUCUUCCUUUUCGCUUUCAGUGCAAUCCUAUUCGAGAGCAAUAGAAAAUUGGAGAAACAACUGCAAAGCAGCUUAGUUUACUCGCCCGCGAAUGAGGCUUUGAAAUGGACCGUCGUUGAAUGGGUGCAUGAUGACGGUGCCCAAGGAGAUUACGUGGGUGAGCCACGGCCUGUGCUUGAAAAGGCUUGGAGAGACAUCUUCGAUAGUAUGUUCUCCCACCCCAGCGCCUGUUGGGCUGUAUGCCUACGGAGGAAUAACCCUAUCCAAGUUAUGAAUGUGAGGUUAUCGAAACAAGAUCUGGUGGCAGUGGGGCGCCUCAAGGAUGCUGUCGCUUUACCAGAUGGUUCCGGGUAUGCUGGAACGCUGAAUGUCUUUCACGAACUACAUUGCAUUUGGUGGUUGUACAAAUAUGUCCAUAAAGAUCACUAUUUCGAGGGUGCCACGCCUCACGAACAAGCAAUUAUGAAACUCCAUUCUCGGCCUAUAAUCAAAGAAGGUCAAGAGGAGGGAUUGGCUGUGGGGAUACCGGAGCAUGAUGUCGAUGUAGAUGUUGAUGCCCUUAGUUAG